AUGCGAAUACAUCGUCAGUACAAGAUUGUAGAAGUUCGUAAGGGGAGAAAAUAUAAUAAAUUUGAUCCUUUUAUUUUUUCAAAAGCUGCAACUCAAGUUUAUUAUUCACCUUAUCCUGGACGCCCAAGAGAUAAGGUUGAUUGGUUGGUAGCUAUAAAGACAAAGCCAAGAGGGGUUGUUGAUGAUAGGCACACAUUAGAGGUUGUUUUUCAAGUUCAAGAGUCACAAGUUAAUGCAACAAUUGAAGAUGACCCAAUUGAUCUCCUACAAGACGAUGAAGUUGAUGGUGAAGAGGUUAGUUUGUCAACAAUACAAGAAAAUGAAGACGAAGAGGAUUCCAACAUUAAAUAA